CUCUUCAUUUUGAUUUUCGCUUUGGUGCAACACUGUGUAUUUAUUAAAACGAGCGGUGUAGAUCGGUGAAAUUUGUGCUGUUUUGAAACUUUUAUGUAUUUGUGAGCAUUUUAUCUACUGUGCGAAGCAUCACAUUGUUUUUGUCGAUUUUUAUAUUGAAACCUAACAAGUCAGUCAAUUUUGAGGUAUAAUCAUGAACGACACUAAGCUGUAUGUUGGAGAUUACGGGAUUGGAGAUGGAACUCAAUUGUUUGACAUGGAUAUUUUAUCAGAAAUUCCAUCAUUUAUACCUUCACCUGAGUCAGAAACUAUGGAUAUUGCUCGUCAUGCUAACAUGGAAGUCAAAUUUCCUUACUCCCCUGUCGGCCCACCUAAGAGGAACAGUUACCCCGGCGAACUGAACUUCACAGUUGAAGUGAACAGCCAUGAUGUACAUAAGAAGACAUUCUUGUACUCGCACAUGCUCAGCCGUAUCUACGUGGACAUGAAGUGCAACUUCAGCGUGCAGUUCAACUGGGACUACCGCAUCUCGCCGCACAUGUACGUGCGCAGUACGGUCGUGUUCUCGGACGAGCCGCAGGCCGAGAAGCGAGUCGAGAGGUGCGUGCAGCACUGCCACGAGAGCUCCAAAGCUGGUAUCAAACCCGAGAUAGCCAGGAACGUGCUGCACUCGUCCCGCGAGAUCGACGCGCAGGGCGUGUACUACUGCGGCGACGUGGACGUGGCCGACUCCUGGUACUCCGUGCUCGUGGAGUUCCACCGCACCAGCGACGAGCCCUGCUCGCACGCGUACCAGUUCACCUGCAAGAACUCCUGCGCAAGCGGGAUUAACCGACGAGCUAUAGCUAUUAUAUUCACACUCGAGGAUGAAUAUGGUCGGGUCUACGGCCGUCAGAAAGUGGGCGCCAGAGUCUGCGCCUGCCCCAGACGUGACCUACUCAAGGACGAGACGGCGGAAGGCAAGUACAAAUCUGGCAAGAAGAGGGUGUCUUCUAAUGAGAUUGACCCUCCGAAAACCAAGAAGAUAAAGAUGGAAGCCGUCACAGAUAUCGAUGAUACAGUCUACAAACUGCCGUCGCUCCAAGUCGUCGGCUCCAGAGCGAUGCUGUCCGGUCUCAAAGUGAUGCUGGAAAUGAUGGAGUUGGCCGCCGAGUGCCGGAAGACCGACCCCGCGGCCCUCGCACUCUACCAGCCGCAUAUAGCGCGCUUCAAGGAGACUAUACAGACACUGGAACACGCCAGAAACACAACACAAUAAUGUUCGUACCUUCUAGCUAUUAAUUAGACUACUAUAAGAUGAUACUUAAUCUUAAGAAAACCAGUUUUUAUUAUUAUGUUUUAAUUUGAUACAACAUUUUCAUUUUUUUAUGUAAUCAUGAUAUUUUAGUACAAGUAGUGCCUAGUAUGGUUAUGACACUGCUAUUUUAUCUUGUUAUCAAUGUUUGUCAUAGCAAGUUCCACAUAUCUGAUUAUUAAACUCGCAGAAGAGAAUCUGAGUUUUAACCACCACAACAUGUACAACAGCACAAAUAUUCAUUCUUCUACACUGCCAAGCAUCUAUAGAUUAUGUUUACAUGCAUCUGAAAUUUGUAAUUUAUCUUCUGGUAAGCCACAAACCGCUCAUAUCUCAAAUCUUGCAAUUUUAAAUCAACUGCGAAUAUCAUUUUCAAGAGAGUACAAUCUUGAGUACAUAUUAGGCAGUAUUAGUUCGCUCAUAAAAUAGAUCUAAGCAAUAAGACCACCUAUUGUCAUAAACUUGAAAAAGUUAUUUUUUGGUCUUUGUCGACCUCAUGUUUACCAUAGCACCUUACGAACAUGUCAAAAGUGUUGCAAGAGAUACGCAAUAAGAUAUAAGGAAAGUUUAAGAGAUUAUCAAAUUCGAUUAGACUUCAGAGCUGCAAGCUAAACUGCACUUAGUUGCAUCGCAGUUAGAGUCGUUAUUUACAUUAACUUUUCGCCAUGAAAACCUGUAUAAUAUGUAGUUUUUUAGUGUUACAAUGUGAGGUCGAUUAAACCAAAUUAUAGGCACUGCUUCACAAGUUACCUCGAAAACUUUAAUAUUCUGGUCCCACCCCUAUUUAAGUCAUAAACCUAAGUGCUUAAACAAUAAGCAUUGAUUUGUGCUAAUAGACAUAAGAAGCAACUUCUUUACAAGGCAAAAAUAGGUAAUACAGUGAAACGCGUCAUAGUGAAAAUAACGAGUUAUAAAAAUAGACCUUAAUGCCAUGAAAUAAAGUUAUGAAUGUGUUGACACUGAAUUCAUAUUUGCUGCCUUAAGGUUAUACUACAUUAAAGUGACACAGCAACAGCUCUCUGCCGUCUCGAAUUCAGGAAAUGCGCUCGUUUUGUAAGUUACUUUAUUGCCGCCACAUUGAAAUGUGAGCCCUAUGCAUAAAUGCCCAGUUGCAGUGGUAUCCUUGCUGUACUGCUAUAAUGUGAUAUGACCUUACAUCUAUAAACCGUUUUGCGUAGUCCGUCUUUAGAUUAUAUUGUGUUUAUCAUAUUCAAGUUGUCAUGCAGAUAAUUACGGUAUGAUAAAAUGUUAUACUAAUAAUAAAAGCCUGUUAAAAAAGCAGGAAAAUUAGGAUCUGGUGUCCCUUAAUAGAACAAUACAAUUUCGUUCUCAAAUAAAAUAGUUCUCAAUGAAAAAUACUAAAGCCAUAAUUUAAAAACCAAAACUAUCAAAUUAUAAUUAUAGACCCGUCAUUUGCGUUAAAUAAGACUGAUGUAAUACUUAGUUCAUUUGGUGGUGGCUCUACGUUUUGUUAAUUGAAAAAUAAACAUAAAUACGAUUUCAUAUACAUUUUACUGCUAGUGAAAAAUAUAUGGAUAAGUUGGAAAAAAAACAUGGAAAAUUAAAAAAAAAGUCGAAUUUAUGCUUAUUGUUGUCUUUACUUAAUUUUUAGUUACUAUGUUUUAGAAUAUCAUGUUAGUAAGCUAGAAUAGGAAUAAUGACAACUGUGCCUUAUUAAACCACCUUUGUAUCUUGCAAUAUGUUAUAUAUUAUUAUUAUUAAAUAAAUACAUAUAGAUUAUGAAAGUUAAUAUUUACGUAUUACUAUUUUUAAUACUGCAACUGAAAAAAAACCAAUUAAUUGUGCUUAAACGAAUCGGUGCAUUUGAAACACCCUAUAAAUAAAUUGCUCACUAUAUACUUAGUUAUUUGUACUGUUGUUAUAAAUAUAAAAUAUAUUCGAAUGUAUUUUAGUCCAAUGCGUGUUAUGAAGGUGGAAUAGGUAGACAGAUAAACUUAUUUAGAUCUGUGCAAUUAAUAUUAUUUUAAGAUGUUUUUGUACUAGUAUUGUUACGUAAGAUACAAUUGUGGUUGCUUAUUUCUCAAAUGACCUAGAGAAGUUACAUUUCUACAGUCGCUAAAGCUGAAGGAAUUGCUAGAAUGUAUGGAAGUCUUUGUCACGAGACUACGGACUGAUGUCAAUUUCAUACAUUUAAGUAAUUUCUAUCACACUUGAAAAAUGUCACUUUUCAAGGUGCUGGACAAAUGUACCUCUAUUCGAAAUAUAUUCCUGCAGUGUCUAUAUCUUGAAUACAAGUAUAAUUAAAUUUAAAUACAGCCUGUAUUGAUAGUUGUAAGAAAUAAUUAUAUCUGUUUUAGAUUAUAAGAUUGAUUGUUUAUAAAUUUCUUUUUUAAAUGUAAUUUCAGAUGUAUUACGCACAUUCAUGUUCAAAUGUGCCUAAUAUGUGUCAAAUUAGCCGCCUUAUUACUAUUAUGGAUACUAAUAAAAAUGUUCGGAAGAGGAAAA